AUGGCAGACACGUACUCCACCAAGGGCCUCCCGCCCGCGCCCGCCGUCUCCAUGAAGACGAUCCCCAUGGCCGGCCUGCUCGUCGACGUGUACGGGCUCGACGAGUUACCUGCGGACAUGUCCGCGCCGGUGACGUGCCUGUGGCUGCUGCACCCGCGGACGCGCACGAGGGCGCGCAUGGCGGAUAUUGCCAAGCGAGCGGUUCACGCAUGGAACUCGGCGCAGCAGCAGUCGCGGCAAGAUGCCUCCUCCAGCCCCGGCAACAGCGCGAGCAACACCACCACACCGAGGCCCUCAUCCUCCGCCACCACCACCACCGCACGCGGGCUCAUCGCGCUGGCGUUCGACAUGCCCAACCACGGCAGCCGGCUGGUCAGCGAGGCGGCCAACGCGGCGUGGGCGGGGGGCAACGCGCAGCACGCGGUGGACAUGGCGGGCGUGGUGCGCGGGGGCGCGGCGGACGUGAGCGCGCUGAUGGACCUCGUGGGCCUCCUGACGGACCGCGCCACCAAAGCCAACCUCGACACGGGCAGCUCGCCCCUCCUCGGAAGCAAGUAUCUCCCACCCUCACUCAUCGAGUCCCUCUGGCGGCACGACCCCCGCGGCAUCCUCUUCGGCAACGCCACCUCCCUUACUCCCACGCCGGUUCCCUCGCCGCCCCUAUCGCAGGCCGAGCAGGAGCGUCUUCGCCCACUGCUGGACAGACACCUGCGCGGCAAGAAGCUGCUGCUGUGCUCCGGCGGCGCGGACGAGCUGGUGCCGCACCCGCGGACGGCGCCCCUGGCGGGCCUGCUGGCGGACGCGGCGCGCGGGUGGUACGCCGACGGGGGGCUCGAGAUCGCGGAUCGGGUGUACGAGGGCGUGGGGCAUCACUUUAGCGAGGGGAUGGUGAGGGAUGCGGUAGAGUUUUUGGUGAGGGUGGUGGGGGAGGGGCCGAGGGUGAGGGAGGCGAGGGCAAGGAUGUGA